GAGCAGGGCAAGAAGAGGGAGAGGUAUCUGAUGGGGGGGGAUAAAAGCUAUUUUGCGACUGAUCAAAGCAGGAGGUGCGGAAAUUCCUUUCUGUGCCCCCUCACGCCUAGCUUCAGGCCCAGAAGGAAUCAGGGUGCCGAUCUAAUUUGACCUGCGUUAGGCAGGUCCUCACUUUCAGCUUUCCCCAGGGGUGCCUCCACCCCAGUUCAGCCCACAGGCCUCCACUCUGCCUCUUCCUGCCCUACUCCACCCUCGGAUGCUCCCCUCCCACUUCAGCCCCUCCCUGUAGUGGUUCUUGACCACUGCCAAACAGCAGAUCUGUGACAGGCAAGAGGUACAGUGGAGGGAGAAGAGCUGAUUGAGAGAAUUGUUUCCAUAAGCAACAUUUAUUAAUAAGGGACGAGUCCUUUCAACUUUGAUGAUGACAACCAUUUCAGUGCUAAAGGAGGAGCUGGUUUCCACUGAUAGUGAGCUGCAGGCAGUAGAGAUCCAGAUUCAAGAACUUCUGGAAAGACAACAGGAGCUUGUUCAUAAGAAGACUGUAUUAAAGAAUAAAAUAAAACAAUUAUCAGAAGAUUCAAAGGCUGAAGAAAGUGAAGAAGCUGAAACCUCAUCAGAGGCAUGGAAAAAAAAAGAAUUUCCAUGGCGUGAGAAGAUCAAAGCUGUGCUUCGUAAUAGCUUUAAACUCCAGAAGUUUAGGUCACUACAGCUUGAAACAAUAAAUGCCACAAUGGCAGGAAAGGAUAUAUUUCUUGUCAUGCCAACUGGAGGUGGAAAGAGUCUGUGCUACCAGUUACCUGCAGCAUGUUCUGAAGGUUUCACACUUGUGAUCUGUCCUUUGAUUUCACUUAUGGAAGAUCAACUAAUGGUUUUAGAACAACUGGGAAUUUCUGCAACCUUAUUAAAUGCUUCAAGCAGUAAGGAACAUGUAAAGUGGGUUCACGCCGAAAUGCUGGAUAAGAAUUCUCAGCUAAAGCUCAUUUAUGUUACGCCAGAGAAGAUCGCGAAAAGCAAAAUGUUUAUGUCAAAACUGGAGAAAGCUUAUCAAGCUGGGAGACUCACUCGUAUUGCUGUGGACGAGGUUCAUUGUUGCAGUCAAUGGGGACAUGACUUCAGGCCUGACUACAAGUCACUUGGUAUCUUAAAACGACAAUUUCCCAAUGCUCCUUUGAUUGGGUUGACUGCAACUGCGACAAAUCAUGUUUUGAAGGAUGCUCAGAAAAUAUUGUGUGUUCAGAAAUGCAUUACCUUUACUGCAUCUUUCAAUCGGCCUAAUCUUUACUAUGAGGUUCGCCAAAAACCUUCGAACAGUGAGGACUUCAUUGAGGACAUUGUUAAGAUCAUCAAUGGAAGAUACAAAGGACUCUCUGGAAUUAUCUACUGUUUUUCACAGAAGGACUCAGAGCAACUUACUAUUAGUUUGCAGAAAUUGGGAAUUAAGGCAGGUGCUUACCAUGCAAAUCUGGAUCCCAAAGAUAAGACCAAAGUUCACAAGGGAUGGUCAGCCAAUGAAAUCCAGGUGGUAGUGGCAACAGUUGCAUUUGGCAUGGGAAUUGAUAAGCCGGAUGUGAGAUUUGUAAUUCAUCAUUCAAUGAGCAAAUCCAUGGAGAACUACUAUCAGGAGAGUGGACGCGCAGGUCGAGAUGACCAGAAAGCGGAUUGCAUUUUAUUUUAUGGGUUUGGAGACAUAUUUAGAAUCAGCACCAUGGUAGUGAUGGAGAAUGUAGGGCAACAGAAACUCUAUGAUAUGGUAUCCUAUUGCCACAACAUGAACAAGUGUCGCCGUGUAUUGAUUGCUCAGCAUUUUGAUGAAAUGUGGGAUUCUGCAGAUUGCAACAAAAUGUGUGAUAACUGCUGUAGAGACAAGUUUUUGGCAGAGAGAAUGGAUGUAACUGGAUACUGCAGGGAUCUAAUAAAAAUACUAGAACAAGCAGAUAACAUGAGUGAAAAACUCACUCCACUGAAAUUAAUUGAUGCUUGGCUGGGCAAAGGUGUGUCAAAGUUAAGAGUGGCUGAUGUUGUUCCUCCAGCACUCCCCCGUGAUGAACUGGAAAGGAUUAUUGCCCAUUUCCUUCUGCAGCAGUAUCUGAAAGAAGACUUCAGUUUCACAGCGUAUGCUACAAUAGCCUACUUGAAAAUAGGACCCAAAGCUGAUCUGCUGAAAAAUGAGGCACAUAUUAUCACCAUACAAGGGAGAUCAAACAAAAAGGUCAAAUCUUCUCAGGCUUCUAAUUCUGAAGGGACUGGUGGAAAUGUACAAGACGACAUUUCUAAGACAGUCCAAAACGCUGCUGCAAAGAAGGCAAAAGAACAUAAAAGGCGUCAUCGUGAGAACAGCUUUAAAGCAAAGAAGAGUAAGGUUGAGGAGGAGGAGGAGGAUGAUGAUGAUGAUGACCGGCUGGUAGUCCUUGUCUGAAUUUUACAAUGAAAAGUGUAUCUAGGAUCCUGCUGUCUCUGCUUCUCUAUGAGAACUUGGUGCAGAAAUGUAAUUUGUAUUUUAUUAAUUGCUUCUUUUAAAUGCAAAGCAUUUGUGUUAGUUGUUCCUUAAAAAGAUUGGGCAAAAUCUUAAUGCAAUUUCUGAACAUGCAAGCAGACAAAAAUCUGGCAGCAUGGUGUUAACCCUUUGUUUAUCCACUGACUGCUUAUUACCAAAAUAAUCAGUAUCUGGUGAUAUGGCUGUGAUGUCACAGAUGCAGACUGUUGCAAUAUAUAUAGCUUUUUUUAACCCUCUUACGUUACAAAGCACAUAGUGUCGGAUAGUACAGUAUACUGUAGUAAUGCUCUUACAAAUGCAUAUAAACAUAAAGCAUCCUUGUUAUUUCCUCUAGCUACAUUGCUUUUAAUGAUAGGAAGAAGCAAACUAGACAGUAUAUAUUCACACAACAACACAUAUAUUAUAUCAUCUCUUAGAAACUGGGGUCAUAUUUUCUUAAAUUCCUCCUGCUUGUUCAUAUGGAAGAAUUACCCUUUCAGGAUUUGUUUAAAUGUUAGAAAAGAAUACAUUGGCUAAAGGUUGUAUUUUCUAAAGUGUGUAAUAAAGCUUAGUGUCCGACUCCUACUGAAAGUCAGCAGGAGUAAGGCAUCCAACUCCCUGUGGGGUUUUCAAAAGUAUCUUAUUUAAAGAAAAACCAAAACACUUGCUUGCCCUUGUGCAAGCAUGUUUUCGGUUUAGUUCAUGUUGUAUUACUUUGGUGAACGUACAAACAAUGAUUUCAUGAAUGAAUCUAACCAAGAACAUAAAUCAUUGCCUUUUAAACACAAAUCUAUAGAGCAACUUCAUCAUGCCUCAUAUUGGGCCUCACCCUGCUCGUAUUGAAGUCAGUGGGGAAACUAAUCACUGAGAAUGAUUAGGCCUACAGUCUCACAGGAACAUGCAUGCUUCUGCUCCAGUGUGCUGCAGUAGAAUGUGGGCAGAAGUCUAUUGGUGCAUCAGUACUUCAUGGAAGAUGCAUGGAGCAGCUAUGGAAAUGUUUUUCAGUUUUCGCUCAGUUAAGUGUUUUAUGUAUUCUAGACCUACAGAAAUUUAAUCUGCAGUAUGGCCUCUCAAUCCUAAUUUUUUUUAGAUCAACCACUUUGUCAAAUAUUUUUAUUUAUGCUCGCAAGAUGUUGUAAACAGCAAACAGAGCACAAGCCACUGAACAAUGCCUAUUUGUAGAACUCCGCUGAUAAUUAUUGACAACAGGCUAGGUGGUGAUGAUGACAAUGAUGAUAGCAAACAAAGCAGUUUUUGUUGGGUCAUAUGCAAGAAACCAGGAAAUUGGUGGUUAGUAGACAGAAAAGAACAACAUUUAUUAAUUGAGACCUUUGGACAAGAUCCUCAGGUGGUGCAAGUUGGAAGAACCCACCACACGGCAAAGAAACAAUACUGAUUUACACUAGCUGGGCAUCUGGCCCCUCAGAUUCAAAUUUUAAGAGAGAACAAAGUAAAACCAAAAAUACAUGAUUAAACUAUUAUUGAUAGCA